GCGGCCGGCCACCCCCGGCAAUGGUGCGGUGCGGGGCGGGAGGCGGGCGGGCCGGCGGGGCAGCCGGCGCUGUCCCCUAGCGCGGCCGCUCCACGCGGGCCGGCAGCAGGCUACUCCCCACCCUUUUUUUUUUUUUUCCCCUCUCUCCUCCCUCCUUUCUUCUUUCUUUUUAAGGGAGCGGAGAAAAGUCAAGCUUCAUCUUAAUGUUGCUGCGGGAGUCUCAGUAAAUGUCCAUCUGUCUGAUGCGGGUGAUGCAAAGGACAUUUUUUAAAAGGAGCCUUUUAACUCCAUAGACACAUAGGGACCCCUUCACGGGCAGGGGCAGGCACAGGCACACACGCGUGAGGAGGAGGAGGCGGAGGAGGAGGAGGAAGAAGAAGAAGAAGAAGAAGCAACAACUUUUCGAUCGCUGCUUUUAAAAGGGAGAAGCCCUUCCCUGGCCGGGACUUGCCUUCUGCCUCCUCAACCAGCUGCUAAAAGUAUGUUUCUGAGGCGGACUGUACUUCAGGGAACUUCUAUUUUCUGCUCGGCAGCUGUAGAGGAGCAGCAGCGAAGUUUGGAGUAACACCAAGUGAUGCGGGAAAAACACCCCGAGAGCAGAAAACCCUCCUGCAGACACAACCCCUGCUGCUGCACACAGGUUGAUCAUGGUUGCCGCGACCCGCUCCCUCCUGGCGCUGCUGCUCUGCCAGGUGCUGCUGGGCGGCGCGGCCGGCCUCAUGCCGGAGGUGGGCCGGCGGCGCUUCAGCGAGCCGGGCCGCGCCGCCUCGGCCGCGCAGCGCCCCGAGGACCUCCUCAGCGAGUUCGAGCUGCGCCUGCUCCACAUGUUCGGGCUGAAGCGGCGGCCCAGCCCCGGCAAGGACGUCGUCAUCCCUCCCUACAUGCUGGACCUCUACCGCCUGCACGCGGGCCAGCAGCUGGGGCAGCCGCCCGCCCUCGGCUACCCGCUGGAGAGGGCCGCCAGCCGCGCCAACACCGUCCGCAGCUUCCACCACGAAGAAGUUUUGGAAGAACUGCCAGAAACAAGUGGGAAAACAGCACGGCGUUUCUUCUUUAAUUUAACUUCCAUCCCUAAUGAGGAGUCUAUCACCUCAGCUGAACUCCAGAUUUUUCGGAAACAGGUGCACGGAGCCUUUGAGAACAACAGCAGCUACCAUCACCGUAUUAAUAUUUAUGAAAUUAUAAAGCCAGCCACAGCCACCUCUAAGGACCCUGUCACAAGACUUUUGGACACCAGGUUGGUGCAUCAUAAUGCAAGUAAAUGGGAAAGUUUUGAUGUAACACCAGCUGUUUUGAGGUGGAUUGCACAUGGACAACCUAAUCAUGGGUUUGUGGUAGAGGUGGUUCACUUGGACAAAGAGAACAGUGCCUCCAAGAGGCACGUUAGGAUUAGCAGGUCUUUACAUCAGGAUGAAGAUAGCUGGUCUCAGCUCAGGCCAUUAUUAGUAACGUUUGGGCAUGAUGGCAAGGGACACCCGCUUCAUAAAAGAGAAAAGCGUCAAGCAAAACACAAACAGCGUAAACGCCACAAAUACAGUUGCAAAAGGCAUCCGUUAUAUGUGGACUUCAAUGAUGUGGGGUGGAAUGACUGGAUUGUUGCCCCACCGGGGUAUAGUGCCUUUUACUGCCAUGGGGAAUGUCCUUUUCCACUGGCAGAUCAUCUAAACUCAACAAACCAUGCCAUUGUUCAGACUUUGGUCAAUUCAGUGAAUUCCAAAAUCCCCAAGGCUUGCUGUGUGCCGACAGAACUGAGUGCUAUUUCCAUGCUCUACCUUGAUGAAAAUGAAAAAGUUGUAUUAAAGAACUAUCAAGAUAUGGUUGUGGAGGGUUGUGGGUGCCGCUAACACAGCAAAUAUAUUAGACAAAAAAAAAAAAAAAAAAAAAGCUGACACUUUAAUAUUUCCCAAUGAAGACUUUAUUUAUGUAAUGAAAUGGAAAGAAAAAAAAACACAACUAUUUUGAAAAUAUAUUUAUGUCUACGAAAAAAAGUUGGGAAAACAAAUAUUUUAAUCAGAGAAUUAUUCCUUUAAAGAUUUUAAAUGUAUUUUAGUUGUACAUUUUAUAUGGGUUUAACCCCAGCACAUGAAGUAUAAUGGUCAGAUUCUUAUUUUGUAUUUAUUUACUAUUAUAACCACUUUUUAGAAGAAUAGCUAAUUUGUAUUUAUAUGUAAUCAAAAAGAAAAAAAAUAUAGGGUUUGUACAUAAUUUUCCAAAAUUGUAGCUGUUUCAAUUGUGUGUAUUUAAGUUGAAAAGAAUACAUGGAAGGUUACUAUGGCAAAGUGCAUAGCACAUUUGCUUUCUCCUGUGCUACUGUUAAGGUCACAAGUUCAAGUCCAGAAAAAAGUGGAUAAUCCACUCUGCUGACUUUCAAGAUUAUUAUAUUGUACAAUUCUCAGGAAUGCUGCAGGGUGGGCUGUCCAGUCCAUGAGAACUGGCAUCCUCUUUAGGUGAAACAUUUGGAUAAGAACCAGACGUUGCUGAUCUAGUAUAAAUACUGCUAUUCCCAACUAAUUUGCAGCGUGAAUAUUAGAAGGGCCAAUAGAAAUCCUCUGGGAGGUGGGGGUGGGGGAAGACUGAAUCCUUUCUAGACCUACAGAAAAGUGAAUGUUUGAUGUUUCCUUUAAAAGUCCUUCUUUUAAAAGUCCUGGCCAAAUAUAAAAUAAUAAAAACUAAAAUGUCAUCCUUUUUUUUUUUUUUUUGUGAUUAUGUAUGCUAAAGAGGAAUACUUACCUUAUUUGUACUGGCCCUUGUCUUUAACAGUUGGAAAAGCAUUGCAUACUUCCUCACCUCAGAUGUGAGCUCACUUCUGUGGAGUGUUAUAGUGAAAUUAAUCUUCAAUUUUUGCCCUACAUGCAGCAAGCUGUUGUCAUAUGCAGCCUCUUAUCUAACCUCAGCUGAUGGUUUUGCUGUUUUGCAGAUUAGCUUGUCUUCCUUUCCAGGGUUUUGUGUUUGAAAGCUUUUUAUUUUUUUCUUCCCAAAUGUUUAAAUCUAUUUCAGAUAAUAAAUCAUAGAAUUCUGGUAUUUAUUUCUGAAAAGUCCAGUCUGUAAGAAAAAAAUGGUUCAUUUGUGCAGUCAUCACAAGGGUAACUUGUGCUUACAUCUUCUUACUUUUUAAAUCCUUCAUGUAAGGGGCAAAAGCAUGAUUUGCAGUUGGCAAAUGCAGUAUUAAAGCUAAUACUUAUUGUGCCUGUUGUGUGUUAAAAGACUGGAAUGGCAGUCAGGUUACUAGCUGUAGAACCUGGGAUGAGCAUGCAGAGGCUGGGUUGCUUGUUGUGUGAAAGUUGUGCUGAAACAAUAGAGCAGGAAAGUAGCUUAAAUUGGCUUCUCGGUGAUCAGCUGCAAAGCACACUGAAGCUGGGAACAGAAUGAAAUUGUGUUAGGCUGCUAGUGGUAAGUUCCUGCCUAUUUCAGGAGCUCUCUGCUGUAUUUAGUGGAUAUAUAAUGACUGUGCUGAUACCUCCAGAGAUGUCAGAACCCCCUCGUUCUCUGUUGUGGAUCCGUUUCUGGAUUUGGUGAACUGAGGCAGUGCUUCCUAAAGCCAUGUGUACAGUUGGCCCAUUAGAGACCUCUCUGAGUCAACUCUGGGGAUCUCUGAUUUGGGCCUCCUACUAGCCUAACUUUUUAUUAACAGAAACCUCCUCUUUCUCAUGGCCCUCCCCAAACUCCUUUUUUACCAGAAUCAUCUGUGUUACAGCGGAGGUA